AGUCCUUAUACCAUCCAAGUUUGGUUGAAAAGCGACACACGGUUGCGAAGUUAGGUGUCAUAAGAUUUGUGGAUACGUCCUUGAUAGAAAUUUGUCUAAGCGUAUCAUCUUGGCAUACUCUUGAAGUUAUAACUUUGAACCACAAAUAAAACAGGUACCAUUAGAAGUGUGUUUGUAAUUAAAUAUGCUAUAUGAUAUCCACAAACAAAAUUCAAUAAAGCUUCUGCUACAUCUGAUUACAUUAUCAUAUAUACAUGAAAAUCAAUCUUAUUCAUUUAUAAAUAAUACAUUUGUGGACAUGCCUUCAGAUAGAAAUUUAAUAAAGCGUACAUCUUCUUGGCAUACUUUUCAAAGUCAUAACUUUGAACCACAUAUUAAACAGGUACCAUCAAAAGUACAUGAUCUCUCAUCCACAAACACAAUUCAAUCAAGUUUCUGCUAAACCAAAUAUUUUAUUUAACUAUGGUUUUGUGAGCAAGCAAAUCUAUUGGCAAUUUCUUAUUCAUUUUAUUUGAUAACAUAAAAAUAUCUUAUUCAUUAUAGCUCAAGUAAGUUUGUGGAUAGAGGUAGAUAAUUUAUUGGAUUGAGCUUAUCACCUUUACUUUGUUUUGAAGUUAUCUCUGUGGCAUUAUUUCAAUUUUCAACAUUCUUUUAUCUUUGUUAUUCAUUUAUAUACCUUGUUUUUUUUUUUUAACCAGUAUUUGUAGCUGACCUCUAUAAAUAUCACAGAAGUAUCUAACGCAACAUCCAUUGCAGCGAGAUAUUUGCUUUAGAUCAUCAGACAUACUCUAGACACUGUCAAGCAAGCCUAGUCUAACAAGCCUCAACAUGAAAGUCAGCAUAGAGCUCCUGGUGAUCUUCAUAUCGUUUGCAUCUGCUGGUCCUCCAGUCAGUCGUAUUAAAGAGGAAAGCGUCUUUAAUUUUGGCUACAUGUCAUCCUGUGCUACUAACUCCUACAGUAACAGAUAUAAUGGAUAUGGUUGUUACUGCGGAUUCGGUGGCUACGGGACCCCGGUAGACUCGCUUGAUACAUGCUGCCAGGUACAUGAUAACUGCUAUGGUGAUCUGGAGGAGGAGAAAGGAGGACCUUGUUCAAAGGAUGUCAACAUAUAUAGAGAGGGCUACACUUACUCUUGUCAUGCACCCUGGAGCUGGUGGUAUACAGCUGAUGAACUUAGCAUUGUCUGUGAUGCUUCAGCCAAUAAUGCAUGUCAGCAAGCAUUGUGCGAAUGUGACAAGACGGCUUCCCUGUGCUUCGCAGCAAACGAAUUUCAAUAUAAGUAUAAAGAUUAUGACAAGGAAGCAAACUGCAAAGCCUAGAAGCACAGUAUUUUCACACAUGCACAUACAAAUUUAAAGUAGAAAUAAAAGGAUUAACCCCCCC